GCGACGCCAUUUUGCUUUUGCGUGCUGUCAAACGCUGAAUUUCACAUUUCCACCAAAAAAAACGCAGACGUCUUUUACUGAAGUGCGUGAGAUACCACCGAAAAACCGAAAUAAAUCACUUAAAUGCUGAUUAACCGCCAGCAUAACGAUUGAACCCAACGGCAGAGAGGCCAACGCCACAAAAACCUGCCGAAAAUUACGUGAAUCAGCGGAAGGACAACCCGUGAAAUUGGCACUUUAAUUGGCUGUACAACUGCGAAUAACACGCUGUAAAAUGGUCAAUUCAUCCGGCAGCGAGGAUGGCCAGUUGCGGAGCCCCAACGAUGGGCAUUAUCACAGGCCAAAAAGUGUGUACUUGUCCCAUGACCGAGGCGCGCGAUGGCCAACAACAAUACCUAAUAAUAAUCAUAACAAAAAAAAAAACCAACAAAGCUAUAAAAUAAAAACCAAAACCAAAAUGAAAACGAAAACGAAAGAAAACAGUCAAGCAAUGUGCAAAAUUCGAGUUUUGAAGUGUGCUCCUGCAGUGUCAACGGCAGAUGGGACCGAAUCUUCUCAAGCCAACCACGCUAAUCUCGCUUGAACCGCCGCUGGCUUAUUAUGUGUGUUCCCAGAACCGAACACCCGAGAAUCGAGAUCUGAUAAGCUCCGACCCGAUCGAUCGAUCCGAUCUCUCUCAUGUGCGAUGGCGCCGUGGCGAAGAUGAGGACCACGAGGCGGACAGCGAUGCCCUGUACAUACAACCGCCGCAGGCGAGCCGGGAAUCUGGAUCGGGUUCCAGGCGUGAAAAAAAGAAACAUUCCCGCGAACGGCGGCGGCACAAGGAACGCGAAGAUGUCGGCGGCGGCGGUGGACUCGCACUGGAUCGGGAGCACCGCUACGAGUAUCGAAAUCGGGAGGAACACUACCACCAUCACCAGCAUCGCGAAAGGGCCGGCAAUGUGGCAGUCGCGUAUCCGAAGCACCACCUGGGCCAUGCCUACCACUACCCGCAGCCGCCUCAACAGCAACAGCCCCUGCCGCCGGCUCCCAGCUAUGCUGCCCACCAUCAUCAUCACCACCAGCAUUUAAGCGGAGCACGAACCGCGUCCCGUGGCGAUUACCAUUCCUAUCCGUCGAACUAUCACUCGAGCAGUAGGCACGCCGAUUAUCCAAUGGAGGAGCCACCGCGCAGAGGCAGUAAGUACGCGGAGAGCAAGGAUGCAGAGAGUCUGGAGCAGGAUUUGCGUUCCAGGCUGCUUAAGAAGCGGCACAACUACGUUAAGGAUUACGAGACGGAGGAGAAUUACGAGCAUCGCGGGGAGCGAAACGAACGGCGGGAUGGCGGAUCUCGCAAGGAGCGAGAUCGCAGUGGCCGAACAACCCACAAGCAAAGCCGCCAUGAGCGAGUCAUUGAGCUACUGGACAGUCCCGAGCCGGAGCACCAACAUCAGCACCAGCACAAGUCUCAUCGCAGCAAGUGGCGCGAGGAGGUUGAGAUCAGCAGGAGAAAGGAGGAUUUGGAGUUGCUCGCUCGCCGAGAGAAACUGCUGGCCGCCGAUCGUGAUAGUCGCCAGCGCAAGCAGACGGCUCGUGAAGAGCUUGAGGCUCGGCGGGAGUUGCUUCGCGAGCGAAACGAGCACAGCGAUGCACUGAGUCCAACGGCAGUGGCUGCGAGCGUGACAGCUGGCCUAAACAUUCAAGUGAAAAGAAAAUCCAAGUCGGAUAGCUACGAGAAGGAAACCAAACACAAGAAGAGGCGAGAGGAGGAGGUGGAGGUCAUCCAGGAUGAUGAAGACGAUGAGGAGAGUGAAGAGAGCGACUCCAAUAAGGAGGAUGCCGAGGAGGACAGCGCAGAGAGUGCCUCGGAGUCGGGAAGCGAUGAAAGCUAUGCUAACAAAAAGAAAAGCAAGAUUAAAUCCAAACCCCAGAUGGAGGACGACGACGAGGAUCUGCCUCUGCCAGACAGUCCACUCAGCGUGGGCGAGCUCUACAAGUCACCCAAGCAGCGACAGCGCUCCCGCUCAGUCAGCUCCAAGAGCAGCUCCCAGUCCUCUCGCAGCAGUCGCUCCAGAUCUCGUUCCCGGAGUCACAGCAGCCUGGAUGAUGAGGACGAUCGCCGAGACGCGGAAGCCACUGCUUCUCCGAGCAGCAGCACGCGCAGCGAGGAACGCGGAAUGACUCAGCAGCCUUUGGAAGAGAAGCCGGAGGAGAAACUCAAGGAUAGACCACAGAAAGCCAUAGAGGAUCAGAUACCCUGCGAUGACAAAGGUCUUCCCCUGCCCAACUAUUAUCCCGGCGUGCAGGGCUGCCGUUCGGUGGAGGAGUUCCAGUGCCUCAACCGCAUCGAAGAGGGAACCUAUGGCGUGGUUUAUCGGGCAAAGGACAAACGGACCAACGAGAUUGUAGCCCUUAAGCGUCUCAAGAUGGAGAAGGAAAAGGAGGGCUUUCCCAUCACGUCGCUUAGGGAAAUCAACACGCUUCUCAAGGGCCAACAUCCCAAUAUCGUUACCGUUCGCGAAAUCGUGGUCGGUUCCAAUAUGGACAAGAUCUUUAUUGUGAUGGACUAUGUCGAGCACGACCUUAAAUCGCUGAUGGAGACGAUGAAGAACCGCAAGCAGAGCUUCUUCCCCGGCGAAGUCAAGUGCCUGACGCAGCAGCUCUUGCGGGCGGUGGCCCAUCUGCACGACAAUUGGAUAUUGCAUCGCGACCUGAAGACCUCCAACCUGUUGCUCUCCCACAAGGGCAUUCUCAAAGUGGGCGACUUUGGACUGGCUCGCGAGUAUGGCUCGCCCAUCAAGAAGUACACCUCGCUGGUGGUCACUUUAUGGUACCGUGCCCCCGAGCUGCUCCUCUGUUCGCCCGUUUACUCUACGCCCAUCGAUGUCUGGUCGGUGGGCUGCAUUUUCGCCGAAUUCCUGCAGAUGUUGCCGCUCUUUCCAGGCAAAUCGGAAAUCGAUGAGCUUAACAGGAUAUUUAAGGAAUUGGGCACUCCCAACGAAAAGAUCUGGCCCGGCUACACUGAGCUGCCCGCCGUUAAGAACAUGUUGUCGCAGAACUCACAGUUCACCGAGUAUCCCGUCUCGCAGCUGCGCAAGCACUUCCAGGAGAAGACCUCCGAAAUGGGACUGUCGCUGCUGCAGGGCCUGCUUACGUUCGAUCCGAAACAAAGACUGACCGCCGACGCGGCCCUGAAGCACGACUACUUCAAGGAACUGCCACUGCCCAUCGAUCCCUCCAUGUUUCCCACUUGGCCGGCCAAGAGUGAAUUGGGCGCCCGCAAGGCGCAGGCCUCGUCACCCAAACCGCCGUCCGGUGGCUCGCAGUUCAAGCAACUGGGCCGCGACGAACCGAUCGCUGUUGGUCCGGGAAACAAGCUCUCAUCGGGAAUAAUCACCGGGAACAAGAAGAGUCACGGAGCCGGCGGAUCGUCGGCCAGCACGGGAUUCGUUCUGAACGCCGGGCUAACGCAACGCCAGUUGGCCAUGGGGCCGGGAUUCAGUCUAAAGUUCUGAUUCCAUGUUGGAUUCUGUGUGUUUUUAGCCAAUUACAAUUAAGAUUAAUUGUUAUGUAUAGUUAGCGAUGUAAGUGAAAAAUUUCGUUUAAUUGUAUGUGUAAAAAUAUUGUUCCAUAUAUAAUUUAAAAAGCCAUACAAAAAACUGUG